AUGAGAAGUAUUAAAUCAGUUGUUGUUGGAGAUGGUGGAGUUGGUAAAACUUGUUUAUUAAUCUCUUAUACCACCAAUACUUUCCCAAAUGAUUAUAUUCCAACUGUUUUCGACAAUUAUUCUGCUUCCGUCAUGAUUGAUGGUGAACCUAUCAAAUUAGGUUUAUGGGAUACCGCUGGUCAAUCAGAAUACGAUCGAUUAAGACCGUUAUCUUAUCCUCAAACAGAAAUAUUUUUAUGUUGUUUUUCAGUGAUAAGUCCUGAUUCUUUUCAUAAUGUUAAAUCAAAAUGGAUACCUGAAAUCUUACAUCAUUGUCCAAAAGAUAUCUUAAUUUUAUUAAUUGGUACCAAAAUCGAUUUAAGAGAUGAUUUACAUGUAUUGGAUGAAUUGACUGCUCGUAAUUUAAAACCAAUCUCAUAUGAUCAAGGUAAUAAAUUGGCUAAAGAAAUUGGCGCAAUAAGAUAUAUGGAAUGUUCCGCUGCUACUCAAGUUGGCGUUAAAGAAAUCUUUGAUUAUGCUAUAAGAGCAGUAUUAGAUCCUCCAAAUACAAAUAAAAAUGAAUAUAUCACCGAUAGUGUACCUGGUAUGGGAGUUAAUAAUAAUGCUUAUAAUAAAAAUAAUACUUCAUCAGAAAAAAACUAUGGUGCUACUACUGGUAACAGUGGAAGUGCUGUAACUAAAAAGAGAAAAGUUAGAAAAGCUAAGAAAUGUACCAUAUUGUGA